AUGACUUUGCCUCUUUCCGCGGCCAAGCAGCAGCUGCGGAGUCUGAUGAAGCAGAGACUCGCCGCCGUGCCUGCCGACUCAAUCACCGCUCAGAGCCGCAGGAUAUUCGAGUCAUUAAAAGAUUUUCGGCCAUACCUCGAGGCCAAAAGAAUCAGCAUAUAUCUGUCUAUGCCCUCGGGCGAGGUUCAAACCGAUGCAAUCGUACGACAUGCCCUUGAGGCAGGGAAGCAAGUCUUCGUCCCCUACCUCCCCAGGUCUUCGCUGGACACCCCAGGCACGCCAGCUCGUGUCAUGGAUAUGGUCCAUCUCAGGGAUAUCCAAGACUAUGAGGGUUUACAUCGUGACCAUUGGGGUAUUCCCAGUAUAGAUCCGGCCACUGUCCAUGAGCGUCAGCGCAUUCUAGGCGGGCCGGAUGCGCAAAGGUCAGACCAAGCUGGCUUGGACUUGAUGUUGCUCCCGGGUGUGGCAUUCGACUUUGACGAGUCUGGUGCAGUGCGGCGGCUCGGCCACGGCAAAGGAUUCUACGAUUUCUUCAUGAACAGAUACUUGGCAAAAACAGCCUCUCCUGCCAAUGAGGCAAAGGUUGUUUUAUUUUAUGGCUUAGCACUAACAGAGCAAUUACUGUCGGAUUCAUCCGGGGAACACAUUCCUAUGGGUCCGUAUGAUAGGCGGCUACAUGGCCUUGUGUUGGGCAGUGGGCAAAUUCAGGAGACGUCGGGGAGCAUGACACCAUAUUGA